UGCAGCCAAACAAGGCACCUGAGUGGGCUAGAUACAGCCACCUCCCCCCCCGCUUUCCGCAGCAGACUGGAGGGAUUGGGGGUCUGCAGGGAUGGGGACUGCCAGUGGUAUUUGGGGAUGCUGUGUUGCCUGGGGACAGCUGGUGUUUCAGCCAGCUGGAACGAGAUACUAAACUGAUGCAGGUGGUGCAGUGCAAUCCCUGCCUCCCACCCCCUUCCCCUUGGGAGGUGGGGGGCCAUGGGACCUGGCUUGUCUGAUUCCUGGCUCCUUGGGGUGCACUGGUGUGGGGUCUGCAGAUGACUGUGAGUGGGAAGGACCAGCUUGUGCUGGGGACUUGUGUGUGCAGGGGUUGAGCUACAUCUCCUUGCUGAUCCAAGGGUAGAAGGGACCUGCCAUGCAGCCAGGCAGCACUGGCAUUUGAGGUUCUCUUUGUCCUCCCCAUCAGUAUCCAGGUGGGCCAGUGGCUUGUGCCUGGCCUUUAAAACUGAGAGCAUGAAGUGGGAGGGGGAACCACAAAAGGGCUCUUCAGGUGCCGAGAAAACGUCUCCAAAGACAAAGAGACUGCCCAAAAUGGAUGAGGAGUGCAAAUUCCCCCAGAGACAGGGAAAUUAUUCAUAACAACCAUGGCAUUUUUUGUGCUAGUUGGCCUGCCACCAUGGGCUUUGGCUGCUUUUCCUUCCUCCGUGGUGAGUGCAGGCUGGGACCCCCCCCAUCUGAACCUCAAACCCAUGCGAUGCUGCAUAUGUGUCCUGCAGGAUGUGUUUCUGCUCCAUCUCGGUUUGGCUGGGCUUGCUCUGCCCUGAGGGAUGAGGGACAGGGAGCUGCCCCCCCCCCCCCCCAGCCUGCCACAAUCCCUAUCUUCACUUUGUUUUUGUCUUGCAACCAGAGGGGAAAAAAACCAAAAACCCAAACCCCAACACCCUUUUGGUUCCUGCAGCUCAGAGCUUUGUGCUGUAGGCUUGUUCUCCUCCCCACUGCCUUUUCCAACAUCCUCUUGAACCUUUCACCACUUUCCCCACCAAGAAUGCAGCAGGUUUGCCGGAGCUGGGAGGUUUUUUCAGCAAAUUUGGCAGGUCGUGCGCUGGGAAAAAGCAUCCAGGUGCACUCAAUAGGGCUGGCCUGGGGGGAUUCUGCUGGCACUCUGAGCAGGAGGGCAGUGGUGGAGUGGAGACGUGGUGCCAGCCUCGCCUGGCCGCGUGCAGGGAAUUUCCCUUCCUGCAUUUGCCUGCCGGCUCUGCUGGGCAUCCUGAUGGGACUUGUUGGGAAGCAGCUCAUGUGAUGGGUAGUUUGGUGGGGAGUGCUGGUUCUGGGGACCUACUGCCUCCUGGGGAAUGGGAGGAUGAUGCCGUGAGAAGUUUUGUGUUCCCUUAAACCCCCCAGCAGUGGCCAGCUGUGCUUUGGGUGUUGGGCAGGCACUUGGUCCUGUUCUAAGGUGAGAGCUGCCUGCCCCGCUGGUGCUUCAGGAGGAAACGCCGCCACUGUCCCUCCCCACCACCACUCCUGGUGAUUUACAAGCACACAGGCUUUGUGACAGCAAGGUCUCUGCCAAACCCACCCCCUCUGUCCUUCUGGGGCCUAAUUUUCACCGUCCAGAGCCAAAGGAAGCUGAGGGUUUUGAGCAGCUUGUUACCAGACAGUGUGGGGACAGCUUCGUGAUUCAGGGUGUGCUCCAGCUUGUGCUCUUCGUUUUGCUUAAAAGCUCUUCCCAGGUAGAACCCCGCCCCCCCUUACCUAAUGGAGGUCUCUCGUUUGCCUGUUGCAAAGCCAAGCCCGUGCAAAUAAGGUGGGGAGCUGAUUUUGGUGAAACAAAGCUGGUGGUAUGCAAACAACUGUGGGAAAGACCAAGUGCUACUGCCUCAUGCUGUACAGUUUUGAAUGUGAAAUUGAAUGUCAAAUUGGGUUUAAACCCAAAUUUGAAGCUUUGUUGGAAGAAAAGUGAAGGAAAUAAGAAGAGGUUUUUAAAGGUGGAAGCCAUAAAACUGCUCCUGUCAUCUGGUUUUGCUGGACUUUUGAAAAGAAAGCAGCUUAUCUUUGGAAUAAAAGGGAGGAAGACAGCCUUGCAGCAGAAAGCCCCGUGUUCACGCCAGGCGAGCUGGGUUGUGCUCCAGCUCUUGGCCCUGCUUUGAAGGGGACCCCAGGUCAUGCAGGAUUUCUGAGCCUCAAUUUCCCCUCGGGGAAGCCCUGCGCUGCACCGACAGUGGGAACCUUGGGCAUUGCCAAGAAACAUCUUUGAAACUCAAACCUGGCUUUGGAAAGAAACUGGAAGACAAACCGGCUCUAAACAAACACCCGAGUUAAUUCCUUGUCUUGCAUUGUACGAGCCCAGUGAAAUGAAACAAAGUGCAGCCACGAGGACAAGCAAAUGGAUUCAAAUGCGUCAAAAAGCUCUGAAACCUGCUGGUUUGGAAAUCUCCCUUUAUGUUUAGGGUUGGGGUCUUUUUUUGUUUUCUAAUUGUUCCUGGGAGUUUAAUGGUACGAUUAUUUUCCUGCUUCUGCCGUGGAGACAAUGUGCUUCAGCCACAAAGGCUUUGAAGGCUGAAUUGCAGAUGGCAUCCAGCGCUGAGCCACUCGGAUGCAAACGUCCCCUUGCUGGGAAACUGCUGUGAUGUGGAGGGCUCUCUGUUCAGCUGUCCAUCUGUCCAUCCAGUCUGCCUAGGGGCUGCCAGCGAGUGGUGAAGCCUGGCCUGCUGCAGUGGAGAUGGGAAAGGAUGGGAAAUGUUGGGAUUUUGGGGGUGAUGGUGCUAGUGCCUAGCAUGCCUCUGCCCUGCCAUGGAGGAGGUGGGUGCUCUGGGGUCUGGACCCCACAUCCCAAAGCUCAGUGGCUUCACUUUGCCUCCCCUAUGGCCUGGUCAUGGAAGGGGGCUGGCAAUGAGGUGAAGUCAGGGUCAGGCCAUGGCGGUUUGGCAUCUUUUGGUUUCAAUUCCAGUUCUUGCAUGGCUGCUGGCUGGCUCUCAGGUGCUCCUGGGCUGCAGAGUUGGCUGCUGCUGUGGGGUUUCUCCAGAGGCAGAUGUGCCGGAUGGGAGGGAAGAGCUGCAGGGACUGUAUCCUUGCUGCUGGUUUGCAAGGGCCAAACAGCCUCUGGUACGUGGGGAAUUGUUCCCGCAAGGAGAAAUUUGCUACCCUGCCCAGAGGUGCCAGGUUUGGUCUGGCUGGGGCAUUCCUUAGAACUCCCAGUCCUGCUGCUGAGUUUGCCUUCAGCCUCCCCUCCUUGCACCCUUCCCUCCCGGGCCAGCCCUGAGCAAAGCUUUUGGGGUGAUGGAGCCAGGCAAGGAGCUGUUUUGACCGAUGAUGUUCGUGGGUUUUCUGUAUGGAUGGGGAGCAGAGGAGAGCUCUGUUCUGCCAUCCCAGGCAUCAUGCUCUUGCUGUCUGCUUGCGGUGUGCUGGGAGCUGCUGGAGCAGAGCUGUCCCCCCACCUGGCAGGUGGCUGCAGGCAGGUGAUUCCUGCCCUGAAGCAGCUUUCCUUAUUGUCUCAGUUGGGUUUUUUUGGAGGGGGUGGGUUUGGAUGAGAAUGCUGGGAGAGCUCUGGGGGAACUUAGCAGUGAGCUGCGUUACUGCCUGACAGCCCCUUUGAACGUUUGUGUCAGACCUGACUUGAUGGAGGAGAGGAACAAGUUCUCAUGAGAACAGCGAAAACAGGGAGCUGGGGAGAAGCUUAAGUGCCGCGAUUCCUGCAGCCAUGUAGGGGGACACUGUGGUUUGUCCCUGUCCCUGGCUUCAUGAGUGGCAUGCCCCAGUGGGAUAAUGCAAAGGGACAGAGAUAAAGGCAUGGUAGUGUGGGGACAGUGGGGCAAAUCUGCCAGAAAUUGGGCUGUUGUCAGUUUUAUUGCUGACAGAUCAGCUUGUCCUUUCACGGAUGUUUAGAUGUCUGGCUCCCGCCAGCACUGGUGCCCCUUAAACAGGCCCACAUUCCCAGCCAGCCUCACUUGCUCUCCCAUCCAUCACUUUGCUCCUUCACGUGCCGCUUCCCUGCCAUGACGCUGAUGGGAUCAGAGCUGGGUGAUUUUCUCUGCCAGAUGCACUUUGCUCUGCUGGUGGUGGUUUGGGGCCAUCCCAUGCUGGGGAAAUUUGGAGCUUGUUCCCACACCCACUGGUGCCCACCAUCCAUCCCUCUGGCUCCAUGGGGAAUGCUUUGGGGGAGGGCUUUGUGGUGGGAGCAGCAUGGGAUGCUGCUUGAGCGGAGCUGAUGUCGCCACUCUCCCUCCCCUCCUCUGUGCCUGAAUUCCAAAUUUGGGUAAAGAAGGAAUAUAUCUGCCUAUCAGAUCACCAAAGCUCCCGUGCGUGUCUGCUGAAGCGUCUCAGGGUUGAGUGUGGUUUUGUUUAAAGAAAGCAACUAAAAUAAACUUGGCGAGAGGCUCCCAGGAGGUCACUGUACUUCUUUCCUCCCUAUUCCCAACCCCCAAACCCAGCACGGAUCCCCUCUUCCUGCAGGACUUUUGGCAAGUUAGCAUUUUUUUUCUUGCUGUUGUUGACAAAAAUCCUGGCUGGUUGAGAAAUACCAGUGUGGCAGCGCCAGCCCAGUCCCACGGGUCAAAUCCUGCCCCUGCAAAUCUCUGCCGGCAAGGGCAGCUCGUCCUGACUGGCCUUCAGGAAUGCUGCAGGGGGGGGGGUUGUCCAUCACCUUACAGGGCACCCCAGGCAUGAGGCCAUGAGCAAGCACCUGUGAUGGAUGGCUGGAUGGAUAGGUGGACACUGGGGGUGGACCUGUGGAUGAUUUGCUGGUUGGGCUCUGCAGCAGAAGCAAAAUGCUGGAAGUUCGUCAAGGGCUGAAUUAAAGUUGCCUGGCAACCUCCAUCCUGGUGCCUCUUCCUACAUCUCGCAGGAUUUCCCACCCAAGGUCUUCUGGCUCCAGGGAAAGGGGGGCCCAAAACACGCCACGCUUGCAGCCAGGCACAGGCUGAGCUUGCCUCUUCAGGAUGGCUGUUUCUUUAAUUCCCUGGCUUGUUCCCACGCCUGGGAGCUGGGAACUCUCCCCACUAGGACUGCCGGGGCAGGCGCCUUUUCCCCCCCAUGCUGGGAACAGGUCGGGCUGUUUUGGCUGAACCCAGGGGCAACUCCUGUGGGUCCCCAGGGGUAAGACAUCGCUGGGCUGGUGGGAACAUGGCUUGGGAAGUGAGCAGCAAGGGAGACAAGGGGGGGUCACAUGCUGGGCUUGGCCCCAGUGAGUAAAGCUGAGUAGCCCACAGGGGCUUGGAGUGCCUGGGCUGGGCCAGUGUAAGAAAGCAAGGUGUAAAUGGUGUUUCCUGGUGCCAUCCCUGCUGGGACUUUUUUUAAGGCUAUUUUGCAACCCUGUAACCUGGAGGAGACCUGCUGGGAAUCCUGGCUCCCACUGGCAAUCCUACGUCCCACUGGGAAGCCAGCAGCACUCCUUGUAGGAAAGCUCGGUGCCCAGGAGGAAGGAAGAAAGGUCCAUUAGCCUUUCUGGGAGCCUGCUUGGGCUUUACUAGAUCUCAGUGAAGCAACCACAACCUGUGCAUGGAGUGAUAGGAUAGGGAAGCAUCUGAUCCCACUCUGCAAAUCUGUCCCACCAUCCAGGAUAGAUUCUGGGGGUGAGCCAAAGAAGGGCUACUCCCACCCAGUAUUUCCAUUCUUUCUCCUGGGUUCCUUUUAAAUUAAAAAGCUGGCAUCAUUUUUCAGCUGUGCUGCCGAAGAAGCAGCUAUGUGGGGGGCCCAUAAGCCCCCAGCUGAGGUCCCUCCAUAUUUGCUAGCCCCACUGACAGCAUGGAUUCCCUGCACCACAGCUCAUGGCUGGCUCUUGCCCACAGGUUUUGCUGCCUUGUAGCAGGGAGAAGGAAGCACCAUGGCCAGCAAAAGCUCUGAGUGCCACUGCCAUUGAGGGGUGCGGCAGCUUUGCCUGGUUUCUUUGGCCGGAUCCAGGUUGGCGAGACCUGCCGCUGGGAAAUUCACUCAUCAAAAGCUUUUUGCACCUCCAGAGACGCUGGUCCAAGGGAUUUUAAGGAGGUGCCGGCCAGGCCAGCUCGUUUGGGUGUGCUGUGCUGGCUGGCUGAUGGUGGGAGGCUGAGGCCAGCACAGUCAUGCUCGCACAGCUUCCGCUGUGACCCAGUAAACCCAGUCAGACCUGACCGGGGCUUGCUCGCUCCCCUGCACGCUCACGCACGCCUGCCGCCUCCGCCACCCUGCUGCUGGCCUGGCCUUCCCCAGAGACCAGCAAACCCAUCCUGCUGGCAGGAGCUGGUGCUGGGGUUGGGCUUGCUCCUGGCAUCCUGCAGGAGCACCAGCAGCCGGUGGCAGGGGGGUGGGCUUGGCCCCAGUGGAUGCUGCGUGUUGUGGCUGGAGUGGCUGGUUCCUGCCUUCCCCCACUCUCGGGGCAGCCAUCAGCCCUGUAGCAGGAUCCUGCCCCUGCUGGAUCCCCUGCUUCUCCAGCUGGAGCAGGAGCUGGGGCACUAUUUUGGAUUCUAUGUCAAGCUCCCCCCGUGCUGGGAAGUAGGUGAGGUGCUGAGGGGCUUGGGAGCUCACUCCUGGGGAUGGGCUCUUUUGGCCAGUUUUUCUCUCAAACCCCAGAUUUCAUUGGAGCUGCUGCUUUUCAGCUUCUUCCUCUCCCCCCUUUUGUGUCUCUCCUCUGGAGAAAGCUCUGUGUCAUUCCUCUUCCUGGCCUUUCCCUGUUUCCCAUGGAAGUGCUGGGCUUGAGCAACCCAACUGCCCCAAGCCCAACUCAUGGGUCCUGCUGUCUGAGACAGUGCAUCCCACCCUGGCCCUCACCAUCACGCAGAGCUCACCCUGCCAAGGGGAAAGUGAUGGGUCUGUGGGGGGUUGGUGUGGCUGCAGCCAGGGUUGACGACCUGAGCCGAGCCAAGGGUGGUUUCAGUUCCUUCUUGCUCUUUCUCCCCCACCCUAGGUAUGAAAAAUAAAAAAUAAAAUAAAUAGAGAAGCUCGGAGCAGCCCUUCCCUUCAGGUAAAAUAUUAACUGGCUCUUACAGCGAACUGAUUAAAUGUUCUUUAGGACAAAGUUACAUCUGAUCUCAGGUAAAGGAGCUUUUGGAAAUGGGUGUAACUACUUCCCUGGGAAAAGCAGAGAAACCCAGGAGGCUGUUCCCCCCUGCCUCUGCCCAGCUGGGAGCCCUGCACAGCCCCACAGCUUAAUGUGUUCUUUUUAUUUCCCCCCCGCCCUGUGCUGGCUGGGUGCUCAUGCUGGUUAAAUGUUAGCCGAGGCUGGCUCCCAGUACUGUGCUCACCCUGUGAUAAACAGCCUCCCUGCCUCCCUGCGCGGCUGUGCUCCCAGCUCAAAUCCCCGUCACACUUGGAACUGGGCAGCAGGCAAAGUUCAGGGAUUGUUUGUUCGGGGGAGAUAAGGUGAGGACACCCGGCAGCAUGCAGGCAGCUUGCAGGGCUGUUACUCAUUUAUUAGAGAUGGUUGUUUGCCUUGUCAUAAGAAGUUUUCUCUUCCCCUCUGCUUUCUCAGCCCAGGUGCAGGGCAGCUCUCAUGGUUUGUGUGUGAUUCUGGGCUCAUCUCCCUGUGCAGAGACCUGGGGAAAGUUCCCCACAGCCGCCAGGGCCUGGUCCCACUGGAGGGAUGGAGAGGUGUCAGCAUGGGGCUGCUUUGGUGCUCUAGAUGUGACCCCACGACUUGCUUUGCCCAAAUCUUUGAUGGGUUUGGCUUGUGCCAGACACAGUGCUGUCAGAGCAACUUGUUUCUGGUUGACCUCCAUCCCCACUCACCUGCCUUGCAUCACCCUGCCACCCCCCUUGCUCACCAUGGAGUUCCUUGGAAGGAGGUUGCUCUGGAUCAGUAUUUUCUGCUCCCCAGGGAGCUCAGUUCUGUGGGCAGCACCCUGCUUGCUCCCAGGGUUGGGUGCUGUGUGGGUGCUCUGUGCUGGGUCGGUGCCUGCGGAGGCAUCUAGGCAGGAGAGAAUGCGGGGGACUUUUUCCCUUUGCUCCAUUCCUGGGAUGCUGCAGGGCAGUGGCCAGUGCAGGUACGAUGUCUGGGUCUAAACCCCCCCAAAAGGAAAGAGCAGUUCAGUGCAGACUCCAGACUGUGGCUGGAUCCCACAUCCAGCCCCUUGCUUCUCCUUUUCAGCCCCAAAGACCUUUUCGCUGUCAUUUCCCUUUGGUUUUGCUUCCACUUCACCUGAGACCCAGGCGAGGUAUUUGCUUCAGAGAAACCAUCUACAACAAGCGUGUUCAAACAGCUUCUCUACAGGGCCAGGAGGGCUUGGCAGCUGGCUCUGUCCUGGAGAGCUGGGGAGCUGGUCCCGAGGAUCGGCUGUGCCGGCCCGGCAGCAGCGGGCUGGGUGGCUGCCCUCGCCGGGGCAGUGGGAAGAUGAGCAGGGGCACGGCCCAUUUCCUGACAGCUCUCUUCAUGGCGGCAGCAGGGGCGGUGGGCUACCCGUCCCGGAGGUCUGCCACUGACCUGGAUGCCACCCCCAGGACAACGGUCACCUUUGAUGAGCUGUUAGGUGUUCGGCACUUCAGCACACGCACCCUCAACUACAGCACCCUGCUGCUGGAGGACGGCCGGGGCAUCCUCUACGUGGGCGCCAGGGGAGCCAUCUUCGCCCUCAACUCCAGCGAUGUGGGCGACGGGUCCCACCGCACGAUCCCCUGGGAAGCCUCCCCAGAGAAGCAGAUGGACUGCCUGCAGAAGGGCAAAAACAACAAGACCGAGUGCUUCAACCACGUGCGGUUUCUGCAGAGGCUGAACAGCACCCACCUCUAUGCCUGUGGCACCUACGCCUUCCACCCGCUCUGCGCCGCCAUUGAUGCCGACACGUUCACAUUGCCAUCCUACUUUGAGGAAGGGAAGGAGAAGUGCCCGUAUGACCCUGCCCGUGGCUACACUGGCCUCAUCGUGGAUGCCGAGUUCGUGGCCUCUGUGCUGGUCCAGGAGAGCAAGGACAGCCCCGUGGGCGAUGAUGACAAAAUCUACUACUUCUUCACGGAGCGGGCUGGUGAGGAGACCACAUCCUUCUUUGACAAGAGCCAGAUGGCCCGAGUGGCCCGAGUGGCCCGUGUCUGCAAGAGCGAUGUGGGGGGGAAGAAGAUCCUGCAGCGGAAGUGGACGUCCUUCAUGAAGGCGCGCCUGGUCUGCUACAUCCCCUACUAUGAGGUGCUGCGCAGUGUCUGCAGCCUGGACGGGGGUGGCUGGGCCAGCACGGUCUUCUACGCUGCCUUCACCCUCUCAGCACAGUGGAGGACCAUGGAGGCCUCGGCUGUGUGCCGCUACAGCAUCUCGGCAGUGCAGCACGCCUUCGAGGGCCCCUACAUGGAGUACCAGGACUCGGCCCGCAAGUGGUCCCGCUAUGAUGGUGCGGUGCCUGAGCCCCGGCCUGGCUCCUGCAUCACGGACCACUCUCGCAGGAAGGGCUACAACUCCUCGCAGGACCUGCCCAACAGCGUCCUGGACUUUGUCAAGCUGCACCCGCUCAUGUUCGAGGAGGUGAAGCCGGCCGGCGGGGAGCCGCUGCUGGUGAAGAAGAGCGUGGCGUACAGCCAGCUGGCCGUGGACAGGGUGCAGGCCCUGGAUGGCCACUCCUACGAUGUCCUCUUCAUGGGGACAGGGGAUGGCUGGAUCCACAAGGCCGUGGUGGUGGGCUCCGGCAUCCAUAUCGUGGAGGAGGUGCAGGUCUUCAGGGAGCCGCAGCCUGUGGAGAGCCUCGUGAUCUCGCAGGCCCAGAGGAGCCUGUACGUGGGGGCAGCCAGUGAGGUCUUGCAGAUGCCCCUGGCCUCCUGUGCCAGGUACGUCUCCUGCUAUGACUGUGUCCUUGCCCGGGACCCCUACUGCGCCUGGGAUGGCAGGACCUGCUGUGCCAUCACCGCUGCUGAUGACAGCAGAGGGCUGGUGCAGGACAUUCAGAGUGGCAACAAGGGAUGCCGGAGCAGCACUGGGCGGGGUGAGUCCGUGCUGCCCCCUGGGAUGGCGGAGGAUUCCAGUGUCCCUCCGGGUGGCUGGGAGGGGUGCGAGGCAGUGCGUGUCCCCUCAGGCUCCCUGCCCUGGAAGAACCGGACGGUGCUGCAGGGGGACGAUGUGCUGCUGCCCUGCGACCAGCGCUCCAACCUGGCCCGAGCCAUCUGGCUACUGAACGGCAGCGAGGUGCCGGGCACCGGGCAGGACCGGCUACGUGUGGGGGUGGACGGGUUGCUGGUGACGGACACGUUGCCCCAGCACAGCGGCCAGUACCGCUGCUAUGGGGAGGAGCGGGGCCUGCGGACGCUGCUGGCUGCCUACAGCCUCACCGUGCUCCACGAGCUGCACCACGGCCCCACGGCUGCCCCACGGCCCCACGCUGCCAGCCAGGCGGCCGGCGAUGUGAAGGUGGCUUACAUCUCUGCCAUUGUCGCCUUGGUGGUGCUGUGUGGUGUGCUCAGCGCCGCUGUCCUCUACAUGUCCUGCCUGGAGAAGCGGAAGGGCAAGUACGUCCUGGGGGAGCCACGGCCGGCCAGCGUGGAGCUGCAGACCGUCUCGGCCAACUGCCUGCGCAAGGGCCGCUGGAAGGAGGAGGAGGAGGAGGAGGAAGAACUCACCUACCCUGACGGCUGCCUGCGGAUCAUCCCCGGCGAGGCACCUACAGCUGCCACCUCCCCGGUCAAGGAGCUGCCGGCUGCCGUGCCCCCGCUGCCACCGCCGCCGCCGCUGCCAGCCGAGCUCACCAACGGCGUGGGGGCCCUGCCCAACGUCCUGCGCAAGAUGAACGGCAACAGCUACAUGCUGCUGCAGCAGCAGGAGGAGCCGCUGGCCUCGCCGCUCUACAGCGCGUCCUUCACUGAGGAGCUCAGCAAGAUCCUGGAGAAGAGGAAACACACGCAGCUGGUGGAGAAGCUGGACGAGAGCUCCGUGUAGGGGCUGGAGAGGGUUCCUGCCAGCAGGACUCUCCUCCCCUCCCAACCCCUUCUCCCCCACCCCUGCCAGCAGUGUUACAAGACUCAGGAAAAACUACCUCCGGGAUGGCAGAGCCGGGCCGGGCCCGGGCUCGGCCAUUCCUUUGGCUUUUCACUCACUUUUGAGACUCGCUGUACAGAAAAAAAGAAAAAGAAUAUAUUUAAAUUUGGGAGCUCUAUUUAUGUAUAAAAACUCACCAACGGUGGCCACGAGCUGGAGGCAGGAGCUGGCACCUGGAUGAAGGUGGACACUUGGGGGAGGGAAUUUCUGUCUGUCUGUCCGUCCAGGCAUGAGAGAGAGAGACACUGUUGUGGACAUGGCCUGCCCCAUUUGGCAUCCCCGGAUGGCUGCUGAGAGGGUUUCUUCUCUGCGAGAGGAUGAUUCGUCGAGAGAUGGAGCUGGGGCAAGGAGCCCAUGUCCCCCAACACCCUGGAGCAGCUGGUGGAGAAGCAGGUGCCCACUGUGAGGAGGGUGAGGAGGCCCCAGGGCAAGAGCAGGAUGCAGCAGCAGGCAGCAAGAUGCACUGGCCGCAGGAUGGGCAGCGACCGCCUUGCCCUGCAGCGUGGCGAGGGAACAGCGCCGUACCCACAUCCCCCCAGUGUCUGCAGUCUGCCCCCUGGCACCACGUGUUUCUGCUCUCCUGUUUGGUGCUGUCGGAGAACUGGGGUUCAGGCACUGCCCUGUCCCCUGUGGUACAACAUGUGAGAGGGGAAACAUCCUCACAGAGUGAGAAGCCCUGCCUUCCUCUGGGACCUCCUGCUCUUCAUGGCAUUUUCCAGGGGCAGCCACUGUCCCUAAAUCCCCCAAACUACCUCUGCUCCUGCUGCUUUCUGGGGGGAAGCUGUGGGACUGGGGUGACAUCUUAUGCCCUAGGGACAGGGCAGCAACACUGGAGCAGCUGAGGAGGAACUGACUUGCUGGGGUGUGUGUCCUCCCCUGUGUUCCUUGCUGACACCUCCAGAAUGAGGACAUUGCCUGGAGCUCAGCCCUGCAGCAGGGGCAGACCCUGGGAUCCCAAACGGACUGGGAAUCCUCCUGUCCCAGAAGAGUGAGGCUGAGUAGGAAAAAUCCCAUCCUACACCCACCCUUCUUCUUGCUGUAAGGAGGGGCAGGACAAGCCACUCCCAAGCACACCCUCCCAGCCCAAGCAGGGGCACUGCCCUCUGUGUCUGGCCCCACGUGCCCCCCGGCAAUAAACGCGGCUCUGUCUGGA